CCAUCACAUGAUAUUUUAUUGUAGCUCCACUACUCACUUAUUAUCCUUAGUAUGGGCUGGUUGGGAGGGAUUUUAUCUGGCUUUUUAACACUAUGUGUAAGCAUAUAGUCGGCUUUAUUUCAGGGGAACAACAAGUUCUUAUUUCCUGCUUCGCUAUGUAGUUCGGUAACUUUUUAACGGUCUGCAAUCUGGGCGAUGCACUAACUUAGGAGGAAACCGCUGGAAACUUUUAACAGGUUUUUCAUUAACGGUUAGAAAAAGUCCCCUGGAUUCCCCUGGCUUUAUGACGGUGUAAAGAGGCCAGGAUCCACCAUGACAGAGCGGACUCCUCUCCUCCACUACCGCCUCUCCACCAGCGUCAAUGAGUCCGAGCCUCGAGCCCCUCCGGCCGGCUGUGCCCCGGAGCAGCACCCGGUCGGACCCCGGAUGAAGAGCAACGUCCAGCGGCAGCAGCCGAAGAAACUGUCCGUGUUCUUCGGGGUGGUGAUCCCCACCCUGCUGUCCAUGUUCAGCGUGGUGGUCUUCCUCCGGAUAGGAUUCAUGGUGGGACAUUCCGGACUGUACCAAGCGAUCUUCAUGUUCCUGGUGAUGUACUUCAUCAUCUGCAUGACGGUGCUGUCAGUCUGCGCCAUCUCCACCAACGGAGCCCUGGACGCCGGGGGGGCCUACUACAUGAUCAGCAGAGCGCUGGGUCCGGAGUUCGGAGGAAGUAUCGGCAUCAUGUUCUUCCUGGCCAACGUGUGCGGCUGCGCCCUCUUCGUGCUCGGGCUGGUGGAGGCCAUCGUCACCACCUUCGGGGUGCCGGAGGGCGGCGCUCUGGCCACCUCUCCCUACCAGGUGCUGCCGUCGGGGUACUGGUGGUCCCUGCUGUACGCCACGGGGGUCGCCCUGCUCUGCCUGCUGGUGUGCAUGGUGGGGGCUCACCUCUACGUCAAGGCCACCUUCCUCAUCUUCCUGGUGGUCAUGUUCGUCCUGGGGACCGUCUUCGUCAGCUUCUUCGCCGUCAGCCCCCGCACCAUCGUGCUGCCCUACUCUGCCUCCUUCAAACCCCCGGUGAAUGGGACGGGCCCCACAUUUCCCACCACCGCCAACUUCACCGGAUUCAAGCUGGACACGCUGCUGGGGAACCUGUGGGCUGACUACACUCUGGAUUACACAACAGGAAACAUGAUGACCUUUGCCACCGUCUUCGCCGUCAUGUUUAACGGCUGCACCGGCAUCAUGGCUGGAUCCAACAUGUCAGGUGACCUGAAGAACCCGAGCUACGCCAUCCCCCGCGGCACCAUCACAGCCGUCAUCUUCACCUUCAUCAUCUACAACCUGCUCAGCGUGCUGGUGGCCUGCUCCUGCGACCGGGUCCUGCUGCAGAGGGACUACGGCUUCCUGAGAGACAUCAACAUCUGGAACCCCUUCGUCACCAUCGGGAUCUACUCCUCCACGCUCUCCGCUGCCAUGAGCAACCUGAUCGGAGCCUCACGCAUCCUCUACGCUCUGGCCCGGGACGACCUGUUCGGUAAGGUGCUGUCUCCGGCUAAAAAGACGUCUCACAGCGGAAACCCCUGGGUGUCCGUUAUCAUCUCCUGGUUCCUGGUGCAGCUGGUGCUGUUCUCGGGGAAGCUCAACACCAUCGCCAGUAUUGUGACCAUCUUCUUCCUGCUGGUGUACGCGGCCGUGGACCUGGCCUGCCUGGCUCUGGAGUGGGCGUCCGCUCCGAAUUUCAGACCCACCUUCCGGUACUUCACCUGGCACACCUGUGUGCUGGGCAUCGUGGGUUGUGCCGUCAUGAUGUUUCUCAUCAACGCCAUCUACGCCUCGGCCAGCAUCGCCUUCAUGCUGCUGCUGCUGCUGCUAAUCCACUACCUGAGCCCCACCUCCAGCUGGGGCUACAUCAGCCAGGCACUCAUCUUCCACCAGGUGCGUAAGUACCUGCUGAUGCUGGACGUGAGGAAGGACCACGUGAAGUUCUGGCGGCCUCAGGUCCUGCUGAUGGUCUCGAACCCCCGCAGCAGCGUGGGCCUCAUCAAGUUCAUCAACGACAUCAAGAAGAGCGGCCUCUACGUGCUCGGACACGUGCAGCUCGGAGACCUCGACACGCUGCCCUCCGACCCUCUGCAGUCCCAGUACGACUCCUGGCUGUCUCUGGUGGACCAUCUGAACAUCAAGUCUUUUGUCAACUUGACUUUGGCCGACUCUGUGCGUUACGGCGUCCAACACCUGCUCUUCAUCUCCGGACUCGGCGGGAUGCGUCCCAACACCCUCGUCCUGGGUUUCUACGACGACUGUCUUCCGAAGGACAAGCUGAUCGACCCGUCCCUCUCCACCUGUCAGAUCUCCGAUCCCUCGGGCUCCCUGCAGGACUUCGAGCAGCAGCCGCCUCUCUUCCACUUCGCCUCCCUGCGGGGUUCCGGCGACAGGCAGGACGGGGGGGAGAUUGGAGAUGGGAAGGUGCUCGGCCCCCAGGAGUACGUGGCGAUCAUUGCGGACGCCAUGAAGAUGCUUAAGAACGUGGUGCUGGCUCGAAACUUCAACGACUUCGACCGCUCCCAGGUGCUCUCCCCGCCCUCCUCCGCCCCGGUGUAUGUGGACGUCUGGCCGGUGAACCUCCUGCGCCCCGACAGCAGCAGCUACGUCGACACCUGCUCGCUGUUCCUGCUGCAGCUGGCCUGCAUCCUCAACAUGGUGCGGUCGUGGCGCAGAGCCCGGCUGCGGCUCUUCCUGUGCGUGGAGGAGGGCCGGAGCGUCAGGGGCUCCGAGGAGAAGCUGGGCCAGCUGCUCAAAGAGUUACGGAUCAAAGCUCAGGUGUUCACCGUGCCCUGGGACCAGCAGGUAGCGCUACACUGGCAGCGGCAGGGCGAGUGGGGCAAGAAGUCCCCGGACACCACCGAAGAAGAAGAGAAGAAGAGGGACGAGGAAGAGGGUGAUUACUCCAACAGCUUCCCGAGCAACGCCACGCGCCUCUCCGACGACUACCUGUCCGCCGUCAACAAGCUGAUCCUGGACCCGGCGCGGCCCCCCCCUGCUGUGCGCUUCCUGUACCUGCCCAGACCCCCCGCCGACACCCGCCGCUACACCACCUACCUGCACCAGCUGGAGCUGCUGACUCAGGACAUGGGCCCCACGCUGCUCAUCCACGGAGUCACACCUGUCAUCACAACGGACCUUUAGCCAGCUUCCUCUGGCGGGGGGUCAUCGCUUGAAACCUCAGCAGCCUCGGUGACGUCCCUGCCUCGCACCAUGUCAUCCAUACAGCUUAUUUUAGAAUAUUAAAGAUGAAUCCUGGACAUUACCCUUCUGGAUCUCAGAAAUCUGACCGUGUGCAUUGAGUUCUGAGCUUGCAUUGAUAGUUAUCAGCCGAUUAGCGUUAUUAUUGGGUGUCACCUGUUUUCUAAUGCAUCAAAUGAGUCAAUCUGCUCCUACUAUGUUGAAAAAGUGGAUAAAACCUUUUGGACAUUAACCAAACUCGAGUUUCUUUAGGGUCAGGGUUCUCAGAUGCCCUCAACUUGUCACCUGGCAGCUUGACGCUCAGUUGGCGUAGCCUUGUUGAAUCCCUUCUGUCGGUGAUCUACCUCUAAUAUGAAUAGACGCUUAAACCUGCAAGUUGGUGAAGCAUACCCUAACUGCCCCUAAUUCAUAAGGCUGAUCGCCACUGAUUUGUGGUCGACUGAUAACAUUCAAACUGGGUGAUUUUAAGCCAUUAGGUCAACUUUGUUGCAUGAAAGAAUCCGACCGACUGAACCGAAGCAAAGUUAACAACAUGCCAGACAAACUGUGCCAAACACAAGCCUGCAGGUCAUUUCAAAUCAGUAUCACAUGUCCAGGCCUGCAGGGAAACAUUCAGAUUAUCAGCCACGUCUUGAUGCAUAUCUACGAUAGAGAGGACCUCAUUUGAACCCUCCUCUGACACCCCCCCCCCCACCCCUUGCUCCAUGUGUUUUGCUGCUCAAUUCCUCCUUUAGAUGACCAUUCCAUAUGCCUUCAGAUCAAGAAGUGCCUAGCCGUUUAGGGAGCUGAAGUUUGGACUCAUUCCAUCCUGUGUCGGCGGAAGUCUGCUUUUCCAUUUUAGAAACCGUAGAACAAAAAAUUAGUAGACAUACAAUCGUGACGGUAGUGCUACUAAAGAAGUCUUAAAUCACCAAAAAUAUUUCCACCUGGGAUCUCAGGACUUUUUUCAAAAUGCACUUUUGUACUUCCUCUACGAAACUGCCUGACGUGCAGCCCUCCGAAACUCCUCAAACAUGUUUACAGUGCCAAUUACUACUGUGAUUAGACCCAAUGUGUCACUGAUUUCACAUUUUUAACUCAUCUUAGGUACUUUGAGAUCUGUUUUUACUCACUAGUGACCAAUUUUAAUGCUGAAGUGCCUAAAUGACCUUUACCUGUGUCUUUAUCCAAAGUAUUGUAACAUUUAAAGUGAAGCUAUGUAACUUCUGCAUGAACCAGGGUGAUGGUAAGACAUAAACUACGGUUUGCAACAAAGAAAAGUUAGAGAAAUAUAAAGGUAGGUCCUCUGCAUAACACCCACCAUCUGCAUAACACCCACCAUCUGCAUAACACCCACCAUCUGCAUAACACCCACCAUCUGCAUAACACCCACCAUCUGCAUAACACCCACCAUCUGCAUAACACCCACCAUCUGCAUAACACCCACCAUCUGCAGAUGCUAACAGCAGCUAACCAAAGCCUGCGUUCGCUCCUGGUCACGCCUGAGUUUACUGAAUUGUGACAAAUGGUACGAUUUAUAACCUGUAAACUCGAUAUGUCAUUUGUAAGAGGAAGAAUGUAAUAUUUCUUCUGUCAAAAGUGACAUAGCUUCACGCUUUUACUUUGCGUUUUUGGCAAAGGGUAUUUCCAACCCAGUUUAGAUUAGUCGCCCUUCCCGUUUUUAACCCGCUAAAAUAUACAUUUGCUUCAUACAGAUUAGAGAUUAUAGAUUAUAGAGAUUAGAGAUUAUAGAGAUUAGAGAUUAUAGAGAUUAUAGAUUAUAGAUUAUAGAUCAUAGAGAUUGAUGAUUGAUGAAACUUGCACUUUUUAAAUGUGACUGACAAUCGCAGUCAUUCAAAAAGUCCUUCAUUUACAGUGAGGUCGCGUUCACUCCAGCCUCGUUAAGUCAGCUUGAAUCGAACCCCCGAGCGUUUAACCCCUUGGUUCGGUUCGUUUGGGUCGGGGGGAACACAGUCUAAACUGGGUUGGAAGAACGAUAAGACGCUUCUUUGACACAUCGAUGCAAUCCACUUUCCACUGCAGGAUUAUUGUUUAGAAUAAUGUGAUUUUGAAAUGCAAUCUUGACAACGUGUGAUCCAUAUUUGAAGAAAUGCUGGUACUCGACACCCCUGUGUUUGAGAUGACGUGUUUCCUUUAAGACAGAUGUGAUCCUUCCCUAUUCCACGGAUGUGUUCUUGAUAUGACACCACUCUCAACAAACCCACUCGCAAUACAUCUCUUCAAAUCUCAGCCCCUGGAUUUCUGCGUUUUGAACUCGCAGGAGCACCAAAAAAUUAAUCUGUAGAAGUGUUUGAUUUCCCAUUCAAAUCUGAGAUGUAUAUUAUAUAUAUUUUGCAGGAUGGAAAUCGAUAUGACUGAAAAAUAAAAGGUUAUUGUAUUACA